ACAACAAAACAGUUGGAAAAAUGCAGAGAUAGCCUCCGAGGGUUGCUCAGGGUUAUCCAUUUUUACACGCUAUGAAAAGAUAUGUGGACAGAACCUCACAUGGCUUUCGUGCAGACGAGGCAGAGGUGUACUUCGGCACCGGCCCCGAGCCUCCGAGCGGUCGAGGGGUGCCCCAGCCGACCGGGCCCGACUGGCCACGCAACAAAGCGGGAGGAGCUAGGCCACCCCCUACCCGGUGGCACGGGCGGGCAGGCCAGCCGGUCUGGCGGCGACGCGGCCGGGCGAGCCAACUUCCGACCACUUGACCAGCCGGGGCUGACCUAGGCGCGCGUGGCGGGAGCGCAACCAUCGCGGGGCAGCGAUCGAUAAGCCGAUGCAUGCAAGGCAAGCGGGGCCGGUGAGGGCAAGCCGACGGACACGCGGAAACUGUAACACAGGAGCCGGCCAGGCGCGAGGAGUCGGGGCAGGCAAGAUGGUGGUGUAUUUGGUGCGGAGGUUGGUCAGAGCCGCGCGGGCGUCGGUGAGGGCAAGGCGAUGCAGACUAGGGCCGAGCUUGGCUAGGUUGCGUGGGGCCGAACGCAGGCACAAACGCACGAGGGCAUGCGGGUGGCGGAGCACGGCUUGGCGCGACCAAGCGGCGCACGGACAAUGGCGGGUGGGAGCGGGGCGCGGCGCAACGGCCCGCACGUGGGGCUGGAGCCAGCCGCGACCAAUCAAUGUGGGGACGACGGGGUAAGGGGCUAGAUGCGAGAGGCCAUGAAAGGGGAGCUUGGAGGUCGCUGAAACGACGCGAAGCGGUAGCCAACCCAGGACGAGCAUGCGCGCGCGCGAAUCAGCAACAUACGCCACCCGCGAGGCACGGCCGGACAAGCACGCAUGUGCACACGAGCCGGGGCAGAACGGAGCUGGCCUGGCCGAAGGGCGCACACAUGCACAUCAGAUGGGGCGUGGGAGGCGCGGCAGCCGCGGCACACAGCGAAACAGACACAUGCAGAUGGAUGUGCAGCAGGGAGCGGUAUGUAGGCCGGGUCGUGCGGUCGUGAUGGCCAACGGAGGCAGAAGAGCUGCUGGCAAGAAGACGCGUAGCUGCAGGCCGGAGCGGCGUGUUUGUGUAGCGGUGCGGGUGCACAUUGGGACGACGUGAGUGCGCGGCCUUCGAGAGGGGCACAUAGACGACGGGGAGCUAGAACGAGGUGGCGCCGCCCGCGCGCAUCAUAGUCGAUGCCUGACCGGGAGCACGGUCGACCAUCGUCCUUGGUCCAACAGGUGAGGCGACCCGGCGAGUCGGCCGGGCCAGUCUUGAAGACAACUAGUGCGAGCAUGGGCGAGGAGAAAGGGGUCGGUCGUGGCCGGGUUGGUGGCAAUGGCACUGGGCUUGGGUCCGGACGAGCCGGAUUCGUGGCUUGAGGGUGAGGUUGACCGAAACAAGGGAGUGGUGGGGAAAGUCGUUGUGGUAGUGGGCAGCGUGGCCCCCAUGCCCGCACGAGGAUGACUAUCAUGUGUAGCGUCGGCCUGCGGGGAAGAUGUGGGUAGGAGCAGCAAGCAUACGGCGGAACCAGCGGUCAUGCGCGACGACCGAGCAUGGCGGCACACAGGAAUGACGUCUACCAUGGGCAUGGAGAGAGCGUGCACGCCACAAUGAGCGUGGGUGCGUAACAGACGCAACCAUGGCUCGGUGCCAAAGCCGACGACCAGGACGCACCAUCCCGCGCAAUCGCCCUAGGGGCACGUUGACGUUGAACCCUCGAGCACUGCUCGAGAGACGGCGACGACAUCGUGGUGGUGGUGAUAUAGAGGGCCCACGCGGCCCGCGGUUCCAGCAGUAGUUUGUCCAACAAUGGACGCGAACUGUCGUGGUUUUCUCACGGCAGAUGCCAUGGGAUGGCUAAGAUAGGUGAGAGAAAGGCUGCGGUGGAGAUCCGGGACGGGACUAGGUAACAACACACAUUGAUUUACCUAGAUUUGGGCCCUCGGGUGAAGGUAACACCUCUACUUCUGCAUGUCUGAUGUAUAUAUGAGGUGUGUAUGGUUGUACAUGGUUGCUCCUAGAGUUGUCUCGAGGAGGAAGAAGGAGGCUCUGGGAACUCCUCUUCUCCUAAAAUGUGUGUGUAUGAGAGGGAGUGGAGAGCAUGCCAUGGGAGGGGUGUCACCUUAUAAAGAGGUGUCCACGGGAUAAGGGGUGGCCUACAUGGCCUACUUUGCACUAUUGGAGGUGACGGGUCACACGACAUGUGCAUAGUUGGGCACUAUUUGCCAAUAGUGAUGGACUAUUGAAGCGCAGUGACCCUGAAGUGCCGUGGCUACAGUGCCUUCUUGUCAUGUCCAACGGGAGACUGCAGUUUAAUUCGCGUAGGGGCCAACUGGUGGAGCCGGACGGAGGGCCGACUGAAGAAGUCGGAUGGAGGAGCCAGCUAGAGGAGCCUGAUGCGGGAGCCGAGCGGGGGAGCCAUCCGGGGAGCCAGCUGGAGGAGCCGGACCGGGGAGCCGGCCGAUGUGGGAGCCAGACGACCGGGAGGCAGCUAGAGCAGCCGAACCGGGGAGCUAACCCGACGAGGGAACUAGCCUGCCUCGGAUCCGGCCAACCUAGGAGCCAUCUAACCGUGGAGCAAACAGGAGCAGCCGGACCAGGAGCCAGCCGGAGCAUCUGGACCGAGGGGCAUUGGCCGCCUCCAUGUUUUGAAAUGUUGUCUCGUCUCCUUGAGCUUACACGGGGGUCAUCCCCCCGUCACUCUUCAUUACACUAUGAGUGUCGUGUGGGUCCUCGAUGGCACUCGAAGUGUCCUAUUUAGUCUUCGAGCCUCUUUUUCGGAACCAUUAGCCAUUAGUGCUCAUCGCCCCUCGUCCUCCUCUCCCUUUCCGCCCCUCGUCCUCCUCUUCCGCAUCACCAGCGCUGCUACCUAAAUGCGCCUCCUGCAUACAUGAUUGGAUCUCGAUGGUUGAUAAUCCGACCCCGUCAAGGAUGGGGUUGAUUGAGAAGCACAUGGAAGUUCUGGAGUGGCAAGUUCGGUCAAAGUCGCCAAAAAGUUGGAUGUUGGUGCCACCCCAUGGAGGAGGAUCCAGUAAUCCUUGUGACAUGUAAGUAAUCCUGACCGUCGGAGCAUGAUUUCAAAUCGGUAGGAUCUAUCUAUUUUUGGUGGUUACCAUUUUUAUUAUACAUGUAUAUGAUUCAAGGACAAUCUAGAUUUCAAAUGUGGGAUUUUGAG